AUGGAAAAACGUCAUCGCGAAAACGCACUUGAACGCGAAGAGCUGGACCGCUCUCUUGACGAGCAGCGAGAACGACUUGAUUCAAUCGGGACACUUCUUGAGCAUGCUAUGACGUUCAUUAACGAGCACCCAACUCCCGAGACCUCUCCAUGGAAAAAGAAAGAGAAACCGUCGACACCCGAAAGAAGAACACCAUCACCAACGUCAGAGCCAGUUUCCCCAAUAACUGUCAUAAAAGUCCCUCAGGCUUCCGGUUUCGCCCGGAAAGCAUCUCUUCGCCGCCCGUUGUUCCCAAAGCCAAGUAACAACAAUACCACUCAACAACCCAAUCUACCUCGGCCGAAACAAGAGCUCCCGCCAAAACCAACCCAUCUUACAACCAUGACUCCAAUUUUUUCCUCGACACCAGUUGAGACCAAGAUCCGCCAAGCACCGAAAGUAACUGAUCUCUAA